CCACAGCCAAGUUUGUAAGGGAAAACGAAAAAAGUUUUUCAAGCAGUUGGAGCUGUCCUAAACAGUGUCAGUAGAUGUGAGCUGAGAUGCUAGAGAAGCCUAGGCUACCUGUUCUGACACUGGGGUGGCACUUUCUCUGAUGCGGGAUCCAGAGGGACACGUGGUUGUGCAGGUAAUUUGCAUGAGGAUGUCAUAGGCUGUAUGGCUCACAGAGGUGCUGCUGCAAGAGCUGCCCUCAGAGAAGGGGAGCACUGGUUUGUACCAUCUCCGAUUUAUGAAAAUUUCUGAAAAGAAUUGUGCUUUUUCUCUAAAAUGUUUAAUGUUCAAAAUGCAUUAGAAGAUUUUGUGCAGAUGAGAGCUAAUCCAGUAUGCCAAAAGAUGCAGCGAGCUGGCACAAGCUUCUUGCCCUGCCUUCUCAAAGCAGGCAGCAGUAAUGAGGGUUAGAGGCUUUCACUUCUUGUGGUGGAAACUUUGAUGAGAAAGUAAUGUGGAAAGACUUAAAAAUAGUGAUCUCUGUCCACAUGGAGUGACUGAGGGCUUUGAGGUGGGGAUCUCUCAGAGACUUCAGCACUGGUGUGGUUACACUUUCAAUCCGAAUAUAACCAUUACUAUUUGCCAGAGAGUCAAAAGAAAAAAACAAACCAAAACAAAACAAAAAAACACCACCACAAAACAGAUUUGGAAAAGGCAGAAAGGAUGCCUCAACUAUUUCACUUUUCUCAUACAUGAAGGUAAAUUGUCAAGCUCCCCCUGAGCUGUGUUUGUUUAAUGACUAAAAAGAAAGCACUUCAUGUCACUCCGAAGAGUAAAUAUCUGAAGUUAUGGAUUAACUAAGUUCCAGCAGAGCUCAUGGCGGAAGAAUAGAUCACGCUGAUUCACACUGAAUAAAGCAGUAAGUGCUUCAAAAGUAUUGUAUCGUUCAGGAUUUCACAGUACAGCUUUAUUUAAUGAAGCAUAAAGCUUGUAAAAAAUGUCUGGUGACAAGGGGAGGAUGUUGGGCAGACAAGAAAUGUUCUGGGUAAGCUGCUGAUGGGUUAAAGGGAACUAGCAAACCAGUCUGGAAGGCCUCUAACGAGUGGCUGCUUUGGAGCCGAAAUCAAAGAGAAAAUCAUGGCACAACACAGCAUUCAGUGAGGGAGCUGCUGUGUGAAAAAUAAAUGAAGGAACUGGCUGAGCUCUGAAUAGAACAGUCUCCAGCAUGGGGGUUUUGCUGCAGCUCAGUAGUGCAGUCCCUUUCACACCUACCUUCUCUUUUUUAGGGGACUUCUGCUGCAGUAUGUGGAAGCUCGUCACCAUAGGUGUUCUGCUGGCUGCCUGCUCUUUGCAAGUGUGUAGUACCUCAAUAUUUUACAGCUACAAAGAUGCAAACCAAGUCCUGAAAAUCCAGAAGCGGGCAAACUCUUUUCUGGAGGAGGUCAAACCAGGCUCUGUGGAGCGUGAGUGCAAGGAAGAGCUGUGUGACUUUGAGGAAGCCAGUGAGAUAUUUGAAACCAGGGAAGCAACACUAAAUUUCUGGAGCAAAUAUGUAGAUGGAGAUCAGUGUGAGCCGCAGCCUUGUUCCAAUGGGACGUGCAAGGACAAUAUUGGGAAGUUUUCCUGCAUCUGUAACAAAGGCUGGGAGGGAGUGUUGUGCAAUUAUGAGGUGAAAUACACCAACUGUUCUGUCAAUAAUGGAGGUUGUGAACAUUUCUGCAAGGAUGACCCUGCCAACCAGUGCCGCUAUUGCAGCUGUGCAUCUGGGUACCAGCUGACGAAUGACCAUACCAUGUGCAAGCCUGUAGUGGAAUUCCCCUGUGGAAGAGUGAAAAUGGACUACAUUGAAGCCAAAGCAGGAUUCAAUAUCCGUCUCAUUGAGGGAAAAGCAGGAAGAAGGGGAGACAGCCCUUGGCAGAUUAUGCUCCAAAAUAGCAAAGGGAGAUUUCUGUGUGGGGGUGUUCUCAUCCAUCCAUCUUGGGUCCUAACGGCAGCACACUGCACUGAUUCAGGAGAGGGUCUCAAAGUAAGAAUUGGUAAAUACCACCGUCUCCGUACUGAGGCAAAUGAGCAAACCAUUUGGGUCGAUAAAUGUGUGAGCCAUGAAAAUUACACCAAGGAGACCACCGAUAAUGACAUAGCUAUGCUGCACUUGGCUGAGCCUGUGAUGUAUAACAAAUAUGCGCUCCCUAUCUGCCUUCCCACACGGGACCUGGCAGAGCACGAGCUGACAAGGAAUGGGAGGCAGAUGAUAGUGACUGGUUGGGGCAGCACAAGUGAUAUGGAAAAGAAGAAUUACUCAACUCUCCUCAGCUACAUCGAGAUCCCAAUGGUUCCCAGGAACGAGUGUGCACAAGUGAUGAGAUAUGUUAUCUCUGACAACAUGCUGUGUGCUGGGACUUUAGGAGACAGAAAAGAUGCUUGCAUUGGUGACAGUGGAGGCCCUAUGAUCACUAAGUAUAAGGAUACUUGGUUUUUGGUAGGGCUGGUAAGCUGGGGUGAAGGCUGUGGAAAAAAGGAGAAAUUUGGAGUCUACACCAAAGUUAGUCAGUACCUAGACUGGAUCCAGCACCACAUAGAUGAGAUGUCACCUUCUUGGAAGGGUUGAUUCUGGUACUGCGAGCCUGGAAUAUUGUGGCUAUGUGCCAGUGACAGUAUGCAGUGUAAUGUACUGUCAGAUCUUCAGUAUUAAAUAUUGAGUAUAUGUUAACCUUGUGUAGUGUUUUCCUUGGUACUUUCUCCAGGUUAUGUUGUUUAUUUGUAGCAUGGUCCUGCUUAGGCCUUAUAGAGAUAGUAGUACCCUGUUAUGCUGAGAGGCUGCACAGCAUUGUAGAAAAUAAGAUAGUCUGUGGUCCAACAAAUCUUUUAUGUGAAAAAUGACUUAAAAACGGUUGGGGUGGGGGGAGAAACAGAGAGAUCUAUUUAGGAAAAAAUGUUUAAAAAAUCAACUUAGUGAUACAGUUCUGUCAUUUCAGCUUUACUCUAACAUAUCCGCAAUAACUGUUGUGGUUUGCUCUGUAUUUGUAUAGUUUUUCUUUCAACAAAAUGCAGUGUUAAUAACUUCCUCACUGCCUCCACUCAUUCUUGUCUUAAUCCAGUGCUUGCACGUUAAGCGAUUCAGCAGGUCAGUAGAUCUCCAUAUUUGCUAUUCCUUGCAAAUCCAGUGCCUGAUUUUACUCCACAAGACUUCCUUACAAGUCCUUAGAAGUGGGAACUCUGCUGUUACUCAAAAAGGAGUUUUAAUUCCAAACUCUUGCAUGCUCUAUUUAUCCUAAUGUCUGUAAAUCUCAUCUAAUCAGCAAGCUAGGCAAACUCUUUUGUUCAUUCCUAUUCUAUUAAACACAAUCAGCUGCAGGCUAAAUUAGCAUUCCUAAUACUUAUUGAUAGAUUUUAGUGUGUAUGUAUGUGUUUGCAUCUAUAUCUAUACAUGUGUGUAUACUAGUAAACAAAGAUAUAUAGCACCAAUAAGUUCAUAGGAAGUUGCAAUAGUCAAAAUGAAGUUUAAUACAAACACAAUUUAUACUUGAUUUUAGUCUUGGCAUAUAAGCCUGCUAAAUAUAAUUAAUCUUGUAGAUAUAAGGUGAAACCAACUCUGCUGUAGUGAUACAGGUUUCCAACAUCUCGGUCAAUAUUUGGACCCCUGUUUGGAUCAGCGAAGAAUGUCAGUCUGCUCUUGUGAUGAGAUUGUUAAAUGAAAAAACAACUCAGUUGCGACAAAAUUGUAUUAGAAUUUGUAAGAAAUUUAAUAUGCUAUCAGCAAAGAAGUGUAAUAUCUCUUAAGCUUGUAGGCUUAGUCUCACUGACUUACAAGCUGUUCACAUACUUCCUUAGCAAUUGCUGCAGUUGAUUCAUGAAUAAAAGAAGCAACAGACAGGCCAAGGGCUUCAUGCUGGAGGUAAGCUGCAACUGAAGAGUACAUUCAGCCUGUCUCUGUCAUCCCUGUCUCUGUCUCUCUUUGUCCCUUUUUUCCCUCCCAUUUUUUAAUUGGUAUUGGACAUAAGGAUCUACAUGGCAAAGAAUUACACUUCUUUGAGUAGCAGCCUUCCAGACAAGGCCUGUACCAAGAAUACAAGCUUCUGAAAAGCCUGAUAUUGCUACACAUUGAAUUACAAGGAAAAACAGUAUUGUGUUCAAAGCUAGUAAAGCAUGGGUUUAAUUAAAGGCAGAAAUCAUGAUGUUACUGAAUAGCUGUGAUUAUUACCAGGCAAUAUUUGCCUUCCUGCAGGUGACUGCUACGAAUCCUCCUACACACUCACAGGUUUACAUAUUUCAAAGAGCAGCUUAUGUAUUUCCCAGAUCAAUUGAUCCUACCUACUGAAAGAAGAUGGAGUGUCAGAAAUCUUCUAUAAAAAGAAACAAAUUCUCCUGAAGAGCAUUGUUACAAAGAAAUGGCUUUUAUUGUUGGAGGAUGUUUUUAAUGACUUUUUAGUUCAAAUACAUGUGUAUGUGUGUAGAAACACAAUUUUCUUUUUAUUUUGGAUUGCAAGUCAGUUUCAGAGAAGCCAGAAGGUUGUCUCUCCUCUGUCAAUAUUUGUGAGUGGUUAAUGAUCAACCUCUUGACCUCGUGGCUGUUCCUGGUGUGCAUCCAAAUAUCUCUUCUGUCUUUCCCUAAAAAUAAAAAAGAAAAGAAAGAAAGUGAGUAUAAAUGCAUGCUUCUAUGUAAAAGUGAAUGCAUUCUGAGCCUGUUUUUUGGAAGAUGACACAGAUACCAAAGAGGUAUGUGCUGUCAAGCCCCCAUAAAUUAUUCAGCCUGUGAAGGUAAUGUGAAGAAAUGCAAACUUCUCUCAUGUAAUUUUUACUGCCAGGUAUGUGGUAAAUGGUUUCCUAAUUGGAGUUUGCAGCUGUGAUCUUACUUGACAGGACCAUCAGGAACUGCACAACAGCCACUGCUGUUAGAAGCUGCUGACUGAAGCAUGCGGCUCAGACCUCAGCCUGGGAUCCUUUGCAGGCUAAACAGGGCUGUCGCUGGAACUGGCUUCUGCUCAGUUUGGGCCUGAUCCAAGCCUGCCGUGUUCAUCGCAGCUUUUUUAUUUCUUCUGUGGGCUUUGGAUCAGACCCUGUGCCACUUCCUGGGCUAGGUCAAUCUGUGCAUUUUGCCUUGCAAACUCUUGGGAUUCCUGUUAGAGUGUGCAACAUCAGUGUUAGAGAACAAUGGAAAUCCCAUUGCAAGGAGCUCAGUAGAAUUUGCUUUCUUUCUCCCCUCUUUCUCCCUUCUUUUACCCUCUUGCUUGCACUUCAUUUUGUCUUUGUCUUGUUUGCAGUCUAAUUCACCCUUGCUGGUUUUGUGACCAUAUACCAAUUUCAUUCACCUUUCCCCUCUGAAGGAAAGUCAGAGUUUUCCGAAUGCUCAGUAGAAUGGAGAGCAGUUCCUCGCUUGUGAUGUUUCUCCUAUUAAUGUGCUCUGUCAACAGCAGCUGUCCAUAUUCAGUGUUCAUGACAAGAGACAAAGCACAUGAGGUGCUGAAAGUCCAGAAGCGUGCUAACUAUUUUCUGGAAGAGAUUCGUCCAGGGAACUUGGAGAGAGAAUGCAAUGAGGAAACGUGUUCAUUUGAGGAGGCUAAGGAGAUCUUCCAUUCACAGGAGAAAACGGUGAGGAAACUAAUGGUGAGAUACAAGAAAUUGCCCUCAGCAAGACUCCACCAAAAGAUAAACCGUGUACUCUAACGGCAACUGACUUACCAAUAGGAAAAAAUAUUCUAUCCUUUUUAUUUUUGUGUAUUACUCAAAGUUCCCACUAUCUAAUCAGCUAUAAAACCACAAUGCAGAAAAUGUGUGGAGGCAAGUUGGGCUUAGUUGGAAGGUGUAUGGGAAGUGGAGUAGAUAUUCCUGAUGAACUUGCAGUGUGGAUAUUCUCGUUACAACGUAACACUGGUUUACUCUGGGACUACAUGGUCCAUUUGCCUUAAUCUUGUUCUGAAAGAGGUAAUUUUUGUGUCUUGCAAAAGUUAAAAUGGCAUUAAUUGCUUCACUCUUACUGUCCCCAGUUAACCAGCACAUUUAACCGAUGUCUGCACUGUUGAACAGAGGGGCUUUCUCAGCAGCUCUUUGCUUAAAGGAGUUCACACAUUGCAGCACUUAGCUUCAGGCAUCCAGUCUACAGGACUGUCCAGAACACUGCAAGGAGCCUGGGCUGCUUUCUGGGUACAGGGUGCCCAGGGGCACCCUUUCUUUUUCACCUACCCUUUCUGGGCAGGUGCCUCUGACAAGGGCCUUGGAAGAUCCGUGCACUGGAGCUGGAAAAGCUGCUGCUUCAGACUGGAAUUCUGGCCCUUGCCAGAUCCUGGCAAGCUUACAGCUGCAAGCAGGCAGAGACGUUCACUUGGGACCCACCUUGGGAAACCUGCUAGCUCUGACAGGCACCAGCAGCAAUCCUGGCGAAGCUGCUGCAGCCUAUGGCCUGACUCUGGCAGGUUGGUCCCUAUGGAUUCUGCAGCUUCGUAGUCAGGACAUAGUCAAUCAAGGCAGUCUGUGAGAUCUUGUUUUCUAAGCAAGUGCUGUAAUUAUCAGGUUGUUAGAUAAAUGUUAACACAAUUCCUUUAAAGUAUACAAAACUUACUUAAGUCAGAGCCUCAGUCCACGAACAUGAUUCUGGCAUUUUCAGAGGGCACCUCCUUGAUCAUGAUCAUCAGAUCCCUCAAAUCUGAUCCAAAUCAGAUCCUCCAAGGGAGGAGCACCUUGGUCUCAUGGCCUCCUAGCACCCAGCUGGGAGGUGGGGCUCCAGGCCUUCUGCUGGGGACCUUUCUGCUGAAGCAGGAGUUGGAACUGCAGUUUUAAUUAGAGGUGCCUGAUUUCUCUCUACCCUGAGUUACUUAGGUGGCAUCUGCUUAGCAGGUAGUACUAUGCAGUAGAAAUGGCUCUUAAGAGUGAAGCAGUUGAUGCUGAGGGUCUUGCAUGGGCACAUUUUGGGUAGAAGGUGCAGGGGGUACAUUUCAAACUACUAGGAUAGUGCCACAGACCUUUCACUGGCUGGAGGAUUUAUGGGUCUAAGCUUUGUUUGAUUUUCAUCCCAGUACAAUCCAGUUUAUGCAUUCUGUGGCUGAUCUGAAGAGAGCUGCAUGGGGUUGAUCAAGAGAUCUGCUUCAAGAAUAUAUUUCAUUGUUCUAAUCAAAAUCUUAUCAUGCGCCCUAGAUAGACUGUUUUCUAAAUGAUAAGUAGCCAGUAUGGCCAUUUAAUGAUUGGUUUUUAUUUAUUUAUUUUUAUUAUUA